AUGGGUAGAAGACCGAAGCUAAUCUUCUGGAUUUGUGUCUCCAUUCUUGCCUUUCUGGAUUUUGGUACCGCAAGCAAAAUAGGGAUAUGUUACGGAAGAAAUGCAGACAAUCUCCCGAGCCCAAACAAAGUAUCAGAGCUGAUCCAACACCUCAACAUCAAAUUCGUCCGAAUCUACGACGCCAACAUCGACGUCCUCAAAGCCUUCGCCAACACAGGAAUCGAGCUCAUGAUCGGCGUCCCCAACGCCGACCUACUCGCCUUCGCUCAGUUCCAAUCAAACGUAGACACCUGGCUCCACAACAACAUCCUCCCUUACUACCCAUCCACCAAAAUCACCUCCAUCUCCGUCGGUCUCGAAGUAACCGAAGCGCCGGACAACGCCACCGGUCUAGUCUUACCGGCGAUGCAGAACAUCCACACCGCUCUCAAGAAAUCCGGUUUGGACAAAAAGAUCAAGAUCUCUAGCUCCCACUCGCUAGCCAUCUUGUCACGCUCCUUCCCUCCUUCAUCAGCUUCAUUCAGCAAGAAACACUCUGCUUUCUUGAAGCCAAUGCUUGAGUUCUUGGCUGAGAACGAGUCUCCCUUCAUGAUCGACUUGUAUCCGUAUUACGCUUACAGAGACUCCGCUGAGAAGGUUCCGUUGGAGUACGCUCUGUUCGAGUCGUCUUCGCAGGUCGUUGAUCCUGCGACCGGUUUGCUUUACUCCAACAUGUUUGAUGCUCAGCUUGACGCUAUCUAUUUCGCACUGAUGGCUAUGAGCUUCAAGACCGUUAAGGUUAUGGUUACUGAGUCCGGGUGGCCGAGCAGAGGUUCGCCUAAAGAGACGGCUGCGACUCCUGAUAACGCUCUCGCUUACAAUACUAACCUCAUACGCCACGUCAUUGGCGAUCCAGGUACUCCUGCUAAGCCAGGGGAAGAGAUAGAUGUGUACUUGUUCUCGUUGUUCAACGAGAACCGGAAGCCUGGGAUUGAGUCAGAGAGGAACUGGGGGAUGUUUUACGCUAACGGGACAACUGUUUACGCGUUAGACUUCACUGGGGAGAGCACCGUCCCUGUUUCUCCAUCAAAUGCAACUAUAGGUGUGAGUCCAAGUCCAAGCUCAAGUCCGGGUAACAACAGUGGUAACAGCACAGUAAUCAUUGGAGGAGGAGGAGGAGGAGGAGGAGGAGGAGGAGGGAUCAGGAAAUGGUGUGUUGCUUCAACGCAAGCUUCGGUGACGGAUCUGCAGAGCGCGUUGGACUGGGCUUGCGGUCCUGGGAAUGUUGAUUGUUCAGCUGUUCAACCAGACCAACCUUGCUUUGAGCCAGACACUACUCUCUCACACGCAUCGUACGCGUUCAACACUUAUUACCAGCAGAGUGGAGCGAGCAGCGUAGCUUGCAGCUUUGGAGGAGUCAGCGUUGAAGUCGACAAGGACCCUAGUUAUGGUAACUGUUUGUACAUGAUUGCUCCGUCUACUCAAGGAGUGAACAAAACAAUGGCGGGUAAUAUCACGGGGAACAUAACCGCCAUUGAUUCGCCAUUGGCUUCGCCUUCUUCGAGCAGUGAAGCAUUCAGAAGAACAAUGGUUUCUGUUGCAGUCUCUGUUUUGUUACCGUGCUUUGUAGCUAGUGCGAGUCUUUGGUGA